CCCCUGCCAGACUAGGAGGUGAGGCCACCCCCGUCUGCCGCCAGAGCAUGCACGGUGACGCGCAUACACACCCCUGUCCCCUCGUGUGACUUUUAAACUUCAGUAAUGGAGCUAGCCCACAGUUUAUUGCUAAAUGAAGAAGCUUUGGCUCAAAUCACUGAAGCAAAGAGACCAGUUUUUAUCUUUGAAUGGUUGAGAUUUCUUGAUAAAGUCUUGGUUGCUGCCAACAAGACUGAUGUAAAGGAAAAACAGAAAAAACUUGUUGAACAAUUAACUGGAUUAAUAAGUAGUUCACCUGGACCACCUACACGAAAACUGUUAGCUAAAAAUCUUGCAGCUCUUUAUAGCAUUGGGGAUACUUUUACGGUUUUUCAAACACUUGAUAAAUGUAAUGACAUUAUCAGAAAUAAAGAUGACACUGCAGCCUACUUACCAACAAAACUGGCUGCAGUGGCUUGUGUUGGAGCAUUUUAUGAAAAAAUGGGGAGAAUGUUAGGAAGUGCAUUUCCAGAGACAGUGAAUAAUCUUUUGAAAUCUCUGAAAAGUGCAGAGUCUCAAGGGCGAAGUGAAAUCUUAAUGAGCCUACAGAAAGUUCUGAAUGGACUGGGAGGUGCAGCGGCUUCCUCUCAUCGUGAUAUUUACAAGAAUGCCAGGUCCCUCUUGACUGACAGGUCGAUGGCUGUUCGAUGUGCAGUUGCCAAGUGUUUACUAGAACUACAGAAUGAAGCUGUGUUCAUGUGGACUGCUGAGUUGGAAAAUAUUGCCACUCACUGCUUUAAGGCUUUGGAAAACUCAAAUUAUGGGGUUCGAGUGGCAGUGUCUAAACUCUUAGGAACAGUCAUGGCUACAGCGUUGAUGCCAAAACAAGCAACAGUAAUGCGCCAGAACGUGAAGCGAGCGACAUUUGAUGAAGUCUUAGAACUCAUGGCCACAGGAUUUCUACGUGGAGGGUCAGGUUUUUUAAAGAGUGGUGGAGAGAUGUUAAAAGUCGGAGGGUCUGUUAAUCGUGAAGUGAGAGUUGGAGUCACACAGGCAUAUGUUGUUUUUGUAACUACAUUGGGUGGUCAGUGGUUGGAGCGUAGCUUUGCUACAUUCUUGUCCCACGUACUUGAUCUGGUUUCCCAUCCUCGGGCAACGCAAACACAUGUAGAGGCUGUGUACUCAAGACGAUGUGUCUCCUUUAUCCUAAGAGCUACUGUGGGCAGUUUGCUAGGUGAAAAAGCCCAGAUUGCAGCUGCCAAAGAGAUAUGCCAAGCUAUCGGAAAACAAAUGAAAGCAGUAGAAGCAGUAGUGAAUGAUACUAGUGGUGAAAACAAAUCUGGAGCAGCAGACAUUGCAGCAAGCCAGCAUGUGAUGGUCUGUGCCCUCCAAGAACUCGGGAGCCUGGUACAGAGCCUGAAUGCUACUGCAUCCCCUCUUAUUCAGGAAGCAUCUAUAGGACUUUUGGAAACCGUGACUUCAGUGCUUCUUCAUCCAAGUAUGGCUGCCCGGCUUGCCGCCGCCUGGUGUCUGCGCUGUGUGGCCGUGGCUUUACCAUUCCAGCUGACACCGUUUCUAGACAGGUGCGCAGAACGGCUCAACAACUUGAAAACUUCACCGGAAGCUGUUAGCGGUUACAGCUUUGCAAUGGCUGCUUUGUUAGGUGGAGUUCAUCAGUGUCCGUUGGGCAUUCCUCAUGCCAAGGGAAAGAUGGUAGUUAGUAUUGCUGAAGAUCUCUUACGAACUGCUGCCCAAAAUAGCAGGCUGUCUUUACAGCGUACCCAGGCUGGAUGGCUUUUACUUGGAGCACUUAUGACUUUAGGACCAUCUGUUGUUCGUUAUCAUCUGCCCAAGAUGUUGUUACUGUGGCGAAAUGUUUUUCCCCGUUCUCUAAAGGAAUUGGAGGCUGAGAAGGCCCGAGGCGAUUCUUUUACCUGGCAGGUGACAUUGGAAGGUCGUGCCGGAGCUUUAUGUGCAAUGAGGAGUUUUGUUGCACAUUGCCCCGAGCUCCUAACUGAAGAUGUGAUUAGAAAAUUGAUGACCCCUAUUGAAUGUGCCAUGACUAUGAUGUCACACAUUCCGUCUGUAAUUAAAGCCCAUGGAGCUCAUCUGAAAGCCAGUGCUGCAAUGGUCCGUUUAAGACUUUAUGAUAUCUUGGCUUUGUUACCUCCAAAAACUUAUGAAGGAUCUUUCAACGCACUUCUUAGAGAACUGGUAGCAGAAUUCACUUUGACUGACAAUUCAGCCAACACAACUACUUCCCUCCUCAGAUCCCUCUGCCAUUAUGAUGACAGUGUUCUUCUAGGUUCCUGGCUUCAAGAAACUGAUCAUAAAUCAAUUGAAGACCAGCUCCAGCCAAACAGUGCAUCUGGAAGUGGGGCUCUGGAGCAUGAUCCAUCCUCCAUUUAUUUACGAAUCCCUGCUGGAGAAGCUGUGCCUGGUCCUCUUCCUCUUGGGGUUUCAGUCAUUGAUGCUUCCGUGGCUCUUUUUGGUGUGGUGUUUCCUCAUGUUUCUUAUAAACACCGAUUACAAAUGUUGGAUCACUUUGCUGAAUGUGUUAAACAAGCCAAAGGUGUCCGCCAACAGGCUGUGCAGCUUAAUAUUUUUACUGCUGUUCUUAGUGCACUAAAGGGCCUGGCUGAAAACAAAAGUACUUUAGGACCUGAGGAAGUUCGUAAAUCUGCUCUGACACUGGUUAUGGGUGCUCUGGACAACCCAAACCCCAUCUUACGAUGUGCAGCAGGGGAAGCUCUUGGAAGAAUGGCUCAGGUGGUUGGGGAAGCAACCUUCAUUGCUAGAAUGGCCCAAUAUAGCUUUGACAAGUUGAAAUCAGCCCGCGAUGUUGUAUCCAGAACUGGGCAUUCAUUGGCUCUGGGCUGCUUGCAUCGCUAUGUUGGUGGUAUCGGCUCAGGACAACAUCUAAAAACCAGUGUCAGCAUUUUAUUGGCUCUAGCACAAGAUGGAACAUCCUCUGAAGUUCAGACAUGGUCUCUUCAUUCACUUGCUCUUAUAGUGGAUUCUAGUGGCCCAAUGUAUCGUGGAUAUGUGGAACCAACAUUAUCUCUAGUUCUUACCUUGCUGUUGACAGUCCCACCUUCACAUACGGAAGUUCAUCAAUGUUUGGGUAGAUGCCUGGGUGCCAUAAUAACUACUGUUGGCCCUGAGCUACAAGGGAAUGGAGCAACAGUUUCCACCAUUCGUUCUUCUUGUUUGGUGGGUUGUGCAAUAACCCAGGACCAUUCAGAUUCUCUGGUUCAGGCAGCUGCCAUAUCUUGUCUUCAGCAGCUACACAUGUUUGCACCACGACAUGUCAAUCUCUCUAGUCUUGUUCCGAGCCUGUGUGUUCACUUAUGUAGUUCCCAUUUGCUACUUCGCCGAGCUGCUGUGGCUUGUCUCCGGCAGCUUGCACAAAGAGAAGCAGCUGAAGUAUGUGAAUAUGCCAUGAGCCUAGCAAAAAAUGCAGGUGACAAGGAAAACCCUGGUACUUAUGUCAAUCCUUUUGCACCUGGAGUCAGUUCUCGAAGUGAUAUCCACUGCCGGCACCAAGGUGUUAAUAUAACAGAAACUGGUCUUGAGGGACUUCUUUUUGGAAUGCUAGACCGGGAGACAGAUAGAAAAUUAUGUUCUGAUAUUCAUGAUACUUUGGGUCAUAUGCUUUCAUCACUGGCUGUAGAGAAACUUUCCCACUGGCUAAUGCUUUGUAAAGAUGUCCUGGCAGCUUCUAGUGAUAUGAGCACUGCAACUCCCUUAAGUAGUGGAAAAGAUGAGGAAUCUGAGAAGAAAGAUGAGAUGGAUGAUGAUACCAUGUUCACCACACUAGGUGAAGAAGAUAAAUCAAAGCCCUUCGUGGCACCUCGCUGGGCCACUCGGGUGUUCGCUGCAGAUUGCCUGUGCCGAAUCAUCAAUUUGUGUGAGAAUGCGGACCAGGCCCACUUCGAUCUUGCCAUGGCACGUUCUGCUAAACUACGAAACCCUACAAAUGACCUGUUGGUACUUCAUCUCUCUGACCUGAUUCGCAUGGCAUUCAUGGCUGCAACCGAUCAUAGUAAUCAGCUGCGGAUGGCUGGGCUCCAAGCACUUGAAGACAUUAUCAAGAAGUUUGCAUCUGUGCCUGAGCCAGAAUUUCCAGGCCAUGUGAUUCUGGAGCAGUAUCAAGCUAAUGUGGGAGCUGCUCUAAGACCAGCCUUUUCACAAGAUACCCCAUCAGACAUAAUAGCAAAAGCCUGCCAGGUGUGUAGUACAUGGAUUGGAAGUGGAGUUGUCAGUGAUCUCAAUGACCUCCGUCGAGUGCACAAUCUGCUUGUCUCUUCUCUGGACAAAGUGCAGGCUGGAAAAGGAUCUUCUAGCCAGCUGUACCGAGAGAGUGCCACAACUAUGGAAAAACUGGCUGUUCUCAAAGCGUGGGCAGAGGUAUAUGUGGUUGCUAUGAAUAUUAAGAAGGAAGCAGAGUCAAAGCCAAAAAGAGCAAUGAAAAGUACUGAUGAUGAUGAUGAUGAUUAUGGUACCAUAGAUGAACUACCACCAGAUAGUUUAAUAACACUCGUGCAACCCGAACUGCCAACACUCAGCCGCCUAUGGUUGGCGGCAUUAAAAGACUAUGCGCUUUUGACUUUACCGGCUGAAUUUGCUAGUCAGCUCCCCCCAGAUGGUGGAGCAUUUUAUACUCCCGAGACUAUUGAUACAGCUAGACUUCACUACCGGAAUUCGUGGGCCCCGAUUCUCCAUGCAGUGGCACUUUGGUUAAAUAGCACAGGAUUUACAUGUUCAGAGUCUGCAGAAGCAGCAGCCGUACCUGGCUUACAGAAACGUGCUACACCCGUCAGUUUAAACCAGGCAUCAGGAGCAACACCUAGUGCUAAAUCUUUGCCGGAAAUUAACAAAGACAGAAUGCAUCUGAUUUUAGGUGUGAGUAUACAGUUCCUUUGCUCCCCCAGACCUGAGGAGCCUAUUGAACAUGUUACAGCAUGUCUACAGGCCUUACACACCUUGCUAGAUUCUCCUUAUGCCCGAAUCCAUAUUGCAGAAGAUCAGCUGAUCGGUGUUGAGUUGCUAAGUGUUUUGCACCGCCUCCUGUUGACCUGGAACCCACCAUCUGUUCAGCUGCUGGUUACUGGAGUUGUACAGCAGAUAGUAAGAGCUGCUCAGGAUUAUUUGCAAGAAAAAAGAAACACUCUAAGAGAGGUCAAUAAACAGAAUUCUAGCAAGGCAGAGAAUCAUUCUGAGAAAGACAUGUGUUAUCAGUUAGACAUUCAGUUGUAA